UAUAACAUCAGUUUUUCUUUUCUGACUUCUGAGCUGAGUGUCCGAAGAAUUACUUAGCUUCACUCCAUCGGCUUUCUAGCAUCACUCAAGGUGAUAUACUGUUCUCAACUUUUGAUAUGGAUUCAAUGGCAAGAAUAGCCGCCGCAGCAGCGGUUUUGUUGGUCAUCACUCCCCUGGACGCUCAACCCACCACCUUCACUAAUGUUUCAAUUACAUGGAUGAAUGACUCCGUGUCCAAAGCCAAAGGAGCAGUUUGCUUGGAUGGCUCUCCACCUGCCUAUUAUUUUGACAAGGGCCAAGGGAAUGGAACUGAUAACUGGCUCAUAUACUUAGAAGGUGGUGGCUGGUGUGUGAACCACACCGACUGUAAAGUGCGUGCUGAUCAAGGUCUUGGCUCUUCUACUCGUAGGUUGAGAAAUACGUCAUUUUAUGGCAUUAUUUCCAAAAACUCAACAGAAAAUCCUGAAUUCCAUAAUUGGAAUAAGAUUUAUGUUGUUUACUGUGAUGGAUCUUCGUAUACCGGAGAUAUGGAUGCGGUUGACACUAGUUAUAAUCUUACUUAUAGAGGGGCACGGGUCUUCAAAGCCAUUAUGGAAGACCUACUAGCGAGGGGGAUGGACCGUGCCAAAAAUGUAUGGUAUUUCACUAUGGUUUAGGACUUUACUAAAAAUCGAUUGAAAAAUAUGAUUACUAAAAAUCAGAUGUUACCUAAAGUUCUAAAUCAAUGAAACCGGCUGAAACGGAAAAAAUAACAAAAAAAAAAUAUGAAAAAACAUAAAUUUCCUAACUAAAAAUAGGAAAAAUAAUGAGUAGAACUAAAAGUAUCCAAAAAAUAAUAGUUUGGGAUGUUAAAUGUCAAAAACCUGGACUAAAUUUAAAAUUACCACAAAAAACAAUGGACCUAUAGUAGAAUUAAUUCCGUCUCUAAGAAAAAUACCAAAAUAUUUUUCUUUUGAACUAAAAUGUUCCACUUAUUAUGUUCUAGUUUGUUGAAUAAUAUAAUAGAUUUGAGUGCU